GAGUUUAUAGUUCCUAAUAUUUCAAAGUCUUCGUUAUUGUUGUAUGCUCAUUUCUUAAAUACAUUCAAAUAUAUUUGUAUUUAAUAGUAUAUGUGUGGUUAUCAAUGCUUCUCUGCAAUUGGUUAUAUUUUGAAUCUACCAGUGGUCGCUGUAGUAACUACUCACCUCUACUCCUGGAUGAAUACAUUCGUGGGUAAUCCACUAAAUCUGGCUAUUUCUCCGAAUACUCUUUACGGAUUUGAAAAAGAGGAGAUGAACUUUUGGGAUAGAUUAAAUAACGUGGUAGAAACGUAUCGAUCCAUACACUCGUACUAUGGUCGAGCAGACGAGCAAAAUUAUUUCAUAAAGAAAUAUUUAGGAUCAGACAUGCCAGACUAUCACAUUUUAGAGCGAAGAACUGCUCUCAUAAUGUCUAAUUCUCAUUAUUCUUACAAUGGAAUCAUGCCAAAAACACCGGCGGUUAUCCAGAUUGGAGGUAUUCACAUUAAUAAUGAUACGGCUAAAUUGGAUAAGAACUUGAGGAAAAUACUGGACAGCAGCAAGGACGGAUUUGUUUACUUCUCUUUCGGCUCCAUGACAUUGAUCGAAACUUUUUCAACGGAAGUUAUUGAGAAGUUUUACCUGACCUUCCGAAAUCUAUCUCCCAUUCCUGUUAUUAUGAGAGCAUGGCGACCCGAACUCAUGCCUAAAAAUCUGCCGGAGAACGUGUUUGUCUAUUCCUGGCUGCCACAGCAAGAAAUUUUGCAACACCCAAAUAUCAAGGGUUUUGUAACUCAUGGCGGAGGACUUGGAACUCAAGAAGCAAUCUACUAUGCAGUACCUAUGAUAUGCAUACCUUUGUUCGCGGAACAAAUAUUUAACUGCGAUACGUUGAUGAAAAAAAAUCUCGCUCUGAAAUUAAAUUAUGAUACUGCAUCGCAGGAAGGUUACGAAUACGCCUUUAAAGAGAUUCUAUCGAAUCAAGUUUACAAGAAAAAGGCUCUAGAAUUAUCAGCUGUGUACAGAGAUCGCCCUCUGAAACCAUCGGAAGAAGUGAUUUACUGGGUCGAGUACGUGAUACGGCAUGGUGCGAACACCUUGAGAUCUCCAGCAGUUAAUUUGCGAUGGUGGCAAGCUGAACUUUUGGACGUUUAUUUUUUUAUUUUUAUGUGUAUUGCUUUGGCCUUAGGCAUAGGAAUUUUUAUUGUAUAUAAGUUCUCGACAUUGUUGAGCUAUAGAAUAUCAAGAAAAUCAAAACAAUCGAUAGCUAAACACUUGAAUGGGACGACGGCUUCCUUCAACGGGAAAUUAAACGGUACAAAAUCAAAAUCAACUAGUAAAAAAGUUGAUUGAUGUCCCGUGAUCUCUAGUCAAUUUAUACGCUAAAAUGUGAUAUUU